AUGACGGGCUCCUGUGACCCGCUGCAGCUGGAAGCGUCGCGCCUGAAGCGCCGCUCGUGCCUUGUUUGGAGGGCAGGAUUACAUGUUCUCUCUGUUUGCAAUGAUGGUGCCGCAUUUGCAGGACACGUGUUGUGGUGGUUGUGUCUUGGCUUGGAGAGGCUUCUCCAAGCCGGACUCAGCCAGCAUGGAUCCUCGAUGUUCUGGUGUGCAUCCAGUUCGCAAACGCCUGCCCUGGACCGAAACGGGUCGGACUACUGCAUCCCCACCGCAAUUCCUUCGCCACUGCCUCGGUUCAACUGUUCCAGGAAAGGGUGUCGUGCUUUGCAAGCAUAG